AUGCAGGCCAUGACGCCCAUUACACCGCUGGAGUCCGGUGUCGAGAUGUUUCAGAAGGGUCAGAUGCAGACCCUAUUCCCACAGCGAGCGUCAGGCUCGACUGCCUUUGCGCAGAGACAGUCGCGCUCCUCCCAGCCGCGCCCUGUCUCCGAAGCGACCGAGAUUUUCGACACCGAUCUCGAGGACGACUCGACCGAUCUGGAAGAUGACGAUGAUGACUCGAGCGACUUUGAGGAGGACUCGCCAAAGUACAGCUUCGACUCGAGCGAGAGCCGCCGCAGUCAGACGACGCUGUCGAGUUUCGAAGAAAUCACCACCCCGUACUCGAGCCGCCCGGUCGAGUUCGACUUCAAGCCCGUCGACAUGAAGCCGGUCGAGGGUCCCCGCGGCCCACACCUGUUCCGCGCCUCGCAGACGUCAAUCGACUUUGACUUUGACUUUGCCCUCCAGCUCUCGCCCAUCGCCCUCAAGUCUCCCAUGACGUUACCGCCGCCGCCGCCGCAACAGGAAUAUCCCACCGAGCGGGAACUCCUCGCAGCAGCAGACACCCCCGCGACCGUCAUUGCCCCGCGCCAACUGACCAGCCUCGUGAGCGCAAUGCAGGAUGUCGACAGCUCCGAGGUGCGCUCGUGGUCGUCGAUGCAAGUCGCCAUGUGGAUGAGUGAUUUGGGCUUCGACGGGAGCGUGGUGGAGAAGUUCAAGGAGCACGACAUCACCGGCGCCGUGCUGCUGGACAUGCAGUUUGAGGACCUCAAGGAGCUUGACAUUGCCUCGUUUGGCAAGCGCCAUCAGCUCUGGAAUCACAUCGAUGCCCUCCGCGAGAACAACGGCCGGAUAAGCCCGGCACCGACGCCCUUCCAGGACACCACCCUCCCGUGCUCGGAACACGGCCGGUCAAAAUCACGACGGCGGCGCGACAAGAGUCAGGAGCAGCACUGUGGAAAUGGCGGAGACGACGACGAGAUCCUGAGCCCCAUCACCCCCGGCGGCGCUGCCAACAAGAAGAGGCGAGCACGCAAGCCGCGCAACAUCAACGACAUUGUCACGCCCGCCGAGUCCGUGUCCAUAGUCGCCAUCGAGCAGCUGCUCCCCAAACCACACAAGUGCGCCAAGGGCGAGCGCUGCGCAAAGUGGCGGAAGCAGCAGCGCCAACUCGCGCGCCUGCAAGAGGAACACGGCUUCGCAAUCUCGCCCGAGAACGGCGGCCAGAUCUUCAUCGCGGGCGACCCAGGAAACGCCGGGCAGGCCGGACGGAUAGUGGAGAAUGUCGUGUUGCGGCCCGCGUCGGAGAAUGUGGCAUCGGUCGUGGCAUCCUCCGCCGCGCUGCCGUCCGCCCAGUUCCCGCCCCUCGCCCUGCACGAGGAAAUGCUCGACUUUGUCGAACAUCGCGACCCGCAGGAGAACGUCAAGCAGUUCCUCUCCCUCCAGGGCUGGGACUCGCCCGACGCAAACUUUCCCGUCGAGCGCCCGCCCACGCCUCCCCUUGACCUCUUCCCGCCUCCCGCUGUCGUCCCCCUCCAGCCCCCCGUGCCCGCAACACCACACACAAACCUCAAGAACCUCCCCAAGCUCAGCAUCCCCCGUGCCGCAUCAGCACUAUCCGCUACUACUACUACUACUACUACUACCACCCAGGACCACCUCGACCCCAAAACAGCCUUCUUCUCCCCAUGCCGCUCCGCCCUCUCCCCCGCCGACCCCGGCCUCGCCCACCUAAUCUACCGCUUCGGCACCCCGGCCUCCGAAAUGGACGUCCCCGUCCCCGUCACCGCCCUCCCGUCCGACCCGCUCUCCCGCGACUCCUCCCAGAGCGUCCCGCCAAACAUGCUCUACCGCGACCCGACCCAGCGCUCUGCCUCGCGCGCCGCCCCAGACUGGCGCCGCCCGAGCUUCGCCCUGCCCUCGCUGCUCGAAGACCGCGUCUUUGAAGAGCCUGCCUCGUACCAGAACAACAAUCACCACAACAACGCCCACCACGCCUCAUCUUCUUCCUCCUCCUCUCUCCCCACCGCCCUCCCCCUCGACCCCAAAUCCGCACACGACCUCAAGCCCCCACGCUCCACCCCCUCAUCAUCCCGCCACCACAACCCCUCCUCCUCCUCUUCCCUCCCAUCAACCACCAAACCCACCGCCACCAAAUCCCCCUACCCCGGCUCCACCCACGCCGGCUGGAUGAAAAAGCGCCGCACCCGCCUCCUCCGCCACGAAUGGACAGACGCCCACUUCCGCCUCACCGGCUCCUCGCUCGCCAUGCACCCCAACGCCCUGCCUUCCUCGUCCGCCCUCAACACAAUCGAUAUCGACGAUUACGCUGUUGCGUGCAGCUCCGUUGCGUCGGGAAAGUUGGCGGCGCGGAUUCGGGCGUUGAGGAAUGCUUCGUCUUCUUCGUUUUCUUCGGAGGGGGGAAGUGCGGGGAAGGGCAAGGCGGGUGGUUUGGACGCCGCGUUUGAGUUUCAGCUUGUUCCUGCUGUUGAGGGGGAGGGUGGGGCACGGUGGAGAAGGGUUUGGAGGGAUGGUGCGGGGAUUGGGGGGGGGAGUGGACUUGGUGGGAGUGGAGGGAGUGGAGGGAGUGGGAGUGGAGGGGGCAAGACUUUGCAUUUUGCGGUUGAGACGAGGGAUGAAAGGAUUGAUUGGAUGCGGGAGUUGAUGCUUGCUAAGGCGCUGAGGGCGAAGGGGAGGGGGUUUGAGGUCGAGGUUAAUGGGCGGGUUAUUUAG